AUGAUAACGUAUGAUCAAAGUGUCGAGAAAAUUAUUAAUUUUAUUAAUAUUUUCUUACAUCUGCACUAGUCUAGAGACAGUGUUGUAAGAAAAUGGUCCGCAUAGCGGUGUUAGGUGCUGGAGUCAUUGGGCUCAGUUGUGCAUUAAAAAUUAAAGAAAAAUAUAAAGAUAGUCAUGUAGUGUUAAUAGCAGAGGAAUUCUCACCAAACACCACGGGAGAUGGGUCUGGGGGUCUAUGGUACCCAUAUUUGUGUGGAAAUACGCCUGAGAAUCUCAUAGCCAAAUGGGGCGCAGAAACGUACGAUUUCUUGUACAAACUAUUGGUAGAAGGCGGACACGAGGUCCGCGCCGUCCCUAUGAAAUGUCUAUAUAGAAUAAAAAAAGACUAUCGCCGUCCAAAAUGGGCGGACAAUGUGUUCGCUUUCCAACAAAUGGACCAAAACCAAUUGCACUACUUGAGCCAAAUGUAUUCUGCUGAUUAUGUAUACGGACACACAUUAAUAACCUUGAUAAUCCCGCCCAUUACUCUGAUGAACUAUCUAUUCCAACGGUUCAAGAAUGCAAAAGGGGAGAUGGUUCAAGCUAAACUGACGUCACUCCGAGACUCAGUCCUGAGUCAGUUCGACGUGGUUGUGAACUGCACAGGCAUGGGCGCGAGGGAGUUGGUGCCUGAUUAUAGCGUGUACCCGAUUAGGGGUCAGGUGGCUAAGAUGAAUGCACCAUGGAUAAUGGAAUGUAUAGUAGACGAAGACGGCGGCAACUACAUUAUUCCAAACGCACAAGCCUGUGUAUUAGGCGGAACGCAUCAGGAGCACAACUACAACAUCAAUGUGGACGACAAAGACACUGAGUUUAUACUUAAAGGAUGUCAGAAGAUGGUUCAUAGUUUGGGCAAUGCAAAAGUGCUAGGCCACUGGGCCGGGCUGAGACCCGGCCGACCCGAAAUAAGGUUGGAGGCAGAGAAUAUAGGUGGGAAACUUGUCGUCCACAACUAUGGUCAUGGUGGAAGCGGCCUCACCCUGUUCUGGGGCUGCGCUACAGACGCCGUAGCAAUCAUAGACAAGCAUCUCACAAACAAGUCUAAACUUUAAUUAUAAAAACAUUUUCCAAAAAUAAACAUUUACUUACCAUCCUUAUAUACAACUGUGAUAGUAAUACAGUGUUUUAUCUAAGGUCCAGCGCAUAUGUGGUGGAGCACAGCGCCGAUUUUUUUAUACUGGCAAACUAUUAUCGACAUUGUCUUCAUUGAAAUAAUAUUCAAAAUCCAUUAACACAACAAUAAAUUGUAAUAUAAUUAUUUAUUGAUAGUAGUUUGACAGUAAUAAAUUCUCUUCGCUGCGUACCGCCAUAUAUGCGACGGCCGUAAGCAAUUCACAUUUAACAUGAGAAGAAACGUGACAAAACAUUGUAAAAUUAUGACAGAUGUAUACAACGAUUUAAGGUCAAAAUUAA